AUAUUGAAAUGUCCCGGACUAUAGUAACUGUUACAAAGCUUUCAAAAUUAGAUCCUGUCUCAUAUUAGUUCAAAAUUUUAAAUCAUGUUUCAGUCGGUUUUAUUCUCCGCACUAGUUCUCCUCUGCGUACAUGGUGAACAAUUUGAUCCGAAAAAGGGGGGCUGGGAUUAUUGCAAGAAAUCAUGUAAAAAAGAAGGCAAAACAUAUGCAGCAACUGGUUGCCGUUGUAGACAAAGAGGAACUCGUACAGAUAUCGACUUAGACCAGUUCAUGGCAUUCCGUCAAUUUAUUGUGGAUGAACACAAUUAUUACAGAAAUUUGAUGGCUUCUGGUAACGAGUCACGAGGCUUUGCCCAAGCAGUAGCUGACAUGUUGGUUGUAAAUUAUGACUUGGAACUUGAAUACCUUGCGAGAUGUUAUGGCAGAUCUUUUUUUAACGGAGACCAUGAUGAGUGUAGAGUGCUGCAAAAUGAAAAAAAAGCAGGACAGAAUUUGGGUGGAACUAGUGUACUCCCCAAGAAGGGGUAUGGUCAAGCACAAAACGCGAUACGGGCUUGGUAUAAAGAAGUUGCGUAUAUGGAGAAGAGUGUAUAUGAACGUUUUCAUAAAUUAAAGACACCAAUAGGACACUUUACAGCAAUGUGUUGGGGGGCUGUUGAUUCAGUCGGAUGUGCCCAAAUUUAUUCUAAAGAUCCGAAAAAAGAUAAAUUUAAGGGCGCUAAUUUCCAUACUCAUCUGAUUUGCGAUUAUGCUGCAAGGAAGCUAAAAACAAAUAUUAAUGUAAGUCAGGGUAAGAUGCUUACAUUUGGGCCGCCUUGUUCAAAAUGUCCCAGCGAUGAGAAAUUCAAAAACUGUAGCACAAAGUACACCUCUUUGUGUGGAGAACUACAACCGAUUCCAAAAGAAAGGCCGUAUGAUUUUGGAAACGCAAGCAGCAAAAUUUGCGGAAAAGUAUAUAUUUUGGUUUUGGCUUUUGCUGUGUUGAUGGUAUUAUAACGAACACGUUUUCUUCUAUUCCAUGUCCGAAUUUUUGUAAAAUAAAGUCGCGACCGUAAUAUGUU